AUGCCCACGGUCGCGGGGAAACGACGCAAAGUCCGCUUCCCGCUCGCGCAUCUCAAAACUGCACCCCUCGCCACCCAGCACCAGCAGCAGCAGCAGCGGCACAAACCGAAGCGCCCGGGCAAACCCUCGACCGGGGAAUCCUUGAGCGGGAAGAUGGCCAGCCCAGCGAGGCGCAUCCCAGCGCUCUUCACGCAGCCGCCGCCCAUCCGCGACCCGCUCGUGACAGAGACUAUCGAUCUGCAGGAUGCAACGAUGAACAAGUGCCUGCCCUUCCUAAAGGGCGUCGCCGACUCCCAACCCGGCCCCUUCAAUGCAUGCGGUGUCCCUGCGCUCCAGCGCGACGAUCACAUCGCCUAUCUCUAUGAUUCCUUGGAAGAUUAUCCCGCCGGCUUUGUGGCCAUGGAUGCGAGCCGACCGUGGAUGGUCUACUGGGCUUUGGCUGGGUUGACGCUUUUGGGGGAGAGUGUGAGUCGGGUGAAUCAACGGGUCAUGACAUCGCUACGGCCCAUGCAGAACCGCACGGGUGGCUUCGGUGGCGGACACGGCCAAACAUCACAUCUCGCUAGUAGCUAUGCAGCCAUUCUCUCGCUCGCCAUGGUCGGGACGCCGGACGCAUUCGCAUUGGUCGAUCGGCAGGCAAUGUGGCGAUGGCUGGGCCGAUUGAAGCAGGCUGAUGGGGGGUUUCGUGUUUGCGAAGGCGGGGAAGAGGACGUGCGGGGUGCGUACUGCGCGACGGUCAUUAUCUCAUUGCUCGAUCUGCCCCUGGCCCUGCCGCCCGACUCGGCGGCGAGAGAGGCCGGCUUUGAAAAUCUCACCGACGGACUGGCCGAGUAUCUAUCGCGCUGCCAAUCCUUCGAAGGCGGCAUAUCUGGUAGCCCCGGCGUCGAGGCGCAUGGAGCUUACGCUUUUUGCGCGUUGGCAUGUCUUGCCAUUCUGGGGCCGCCUGAGCAGACAAUUGCCCGACACAUGAAUCUCCCCCUGUUGCUGUCAUGGCUCUCCGCCCGCCAAUACGCCCCAGAGGGCGGCUUCUCCGGCCGCACCAACAAACUCGUCGACGGCUGCUAUAGCCACUGGGUAGGCGGAUGCUGGCCCCUGCUGCAAUCCGCACUAGACGGCAAACCGCAAGCCGACAAACCACCCACCACCGUUGGCAGUCUCUUCAGCCGCGAGGGAUUGGCGAGGUAUAUCCUUUCGUGCUGCCAGCACCCGGUCGGCGGGCUCCGCGAUAAGCCCGGGAAACACGCGGAUUCAUACCACACCUGCUACGUCCUAACAGGACUAAGCGCAACACAACACGUACACUACCGCACAGACUCGAGUCCCUGCAGUCACAAGAACUUCGCCGCGGCUUUCUCGUGGCAGUUCACCCCCACGAAUCCCGAGGAGGAUGUCUUUGAAAAGUACGACCGACUGACGGCGUUUCACCCCCUUUUCGUCGUGCCGCACGACGCGGCGCGGAAGAUGCGGCUCUGGUUUGAGGGGGAGCCUUUUGCGAAUGAUCAGGGCGAGUUUGACCCGGGUUUUGCGCCCUAG